CACUCUCCAUACUGAUGCCAGUUCUUCAGGCCUUGGAGCAGUGCUAUAUCAAGAAAAUGAUGGCAAAAAUCGAGUUGUAGCUUAUGCAAGUAGAGGUCUGUCCAGAAGUGAAUCAAACUACCCAGCACAUAAAUUAGAAUUUCUGGCACUUAAAUGGGCAGUUACUGAGAAGUUUAAUGACUACCUAUAUGGCACACAAUUCACUGUGGUCACAGACAGCAAUCCGCUGACCUACCUUUUGACAUCAGCUAAGCUUGAUGCUACAAGUUAUAGAUGGCUCUCUGCUCUGUCCACAUUUACCUUCAAGAUUGUUUACAGAGCAGGAAAACAGAAUGCAGAUGCUGAUGGGCUGUCCCGACGACCACAUCCUGAGAUACCGGAUGACCUUAAAUCCUGCAAAGAAAGGGAGAGAGUGUUAAAGUUUGUUCAACAUCAUCUCGAGGAACCAGGUUGCACCACCAUUGACCAGCACAUUGUCGAAGCCAUCUGUGACCGCCACCUGGUGCUCAGCUCAAGCAAUGACCAUGCCCUUGUUCUCUCUUUGUCUGCCCAUGUGGAAAGCCUACCUGACAGUUACACAAACGACACCCAAUUUGCUACCUCUGUUCUCCCUCGGUUCUCUACUGCUGAGCUUGCUGCUAAACAGCGAGCUGAUUCCACCAUCCAACAUGUGAUUGCUCAGCUUGAGAGAGGGGAAUCUCCACCGCCAUCACUGAGGGAUGUACUUCCAGAUUUGCCACUCCUGUUGAGAGAAGUAAAUAAAUUGGAGCUCCGUAACAACCUUCUUCUCAGGAGACGGCAAGUGGGAAACAGAGUAGCCUAUCAGUUAGUGUUACCAGAGGAGUGUCGGCAUAUGGUGAUGGUUCAGCUUCAUGAUCGUAUGGGCCACCUUGGGAUUGAGAGAACAUUAGACUUGAUUCGUUCCCGGUUCUUUUGGCCACGAAUGUCCACUGACGUUUACAACAAAAUCAAGACCUGUGAACGAUGUGUAAAAAGGAAAACUUUACCAAACGGGCUGCACCUCUCGUUAACAUCAAGACUUCAAGACCUCUAGAGCUAGUGUGCAUGGACUUCCUGUCUCUGGAGCCAGACCGCAGAGUGAAAGAUAUUCUCGUGAUUACAGAUCACUUCACAAAAUAUGCUGUUGCUGUUCCAACACCAAAUCAGAAAGCUCGAACUGUUGCUAAAUGCUUGUGGGAAAAUUUUUUUGUCCACUAUGGCAUUCCAGAGAGGUUACACAGUGACCAAGGACCGGAUUUUGAGUCCCGUACCAUCAAAGAACUGUGUGAUAUAUCUGGCAUCCAUAAAGGAAGGACAACUCCUUAUCACCCUAGAGGUAACCCUGUGGAAAGAUUCAAUCGCACAUUGCUUAACAUGCUAGGGACAUUAAGUGAGCAGAAUAAAUCUCGAUGGAAAGAUUUUGUAAAACCCCUUGUUCACGCAUACAAUUGCACUAAAAAUGAUGUCACUGGGUUUUCUCCAUACGAACUAAUGUUUGGUCGCCAACCUCGUCUUCCCAUAGAUGUGGCUUUUGGGUUACCACUGGAAGAGGACACCUCCACCUCUCACCUACAGUAUGUCCAAAGACUGAAAACGCAUCUGCAAGACAGCCAUCAGUUGGCUGCGGAAAACUCAGAGAAGGUGAUGUCCCGCAAUAAGGCCUCUUUUGAUCGGCGUAUCACCACUUCUGAACUUGCCGUAGGCGACAGGGUCCUUGUUAGAAACGUCCGACUGAGAGGAAAGCACAAAUUGGCUGACAAAUGGGAACCUGACAUAUAUGUAGUGGUAAAGAGGGCUGGCAACCUCCCUGUUUACACUGUAAAACCAGAGAACCAGGAUAAACCUCUCAGAACACUCCAUUGUGAUCUUUUGUUGCCUUGUAAUUACCUAGCUGAACAGAGUCCUGUAAAAAACUUACCUGUGAAGAGGAAAAAGCACCUGCCUGUGAACUUACCUGACCCUGAUAAUGAAGAUGCAUCAGAAGAUGAGAUCAUCUCACCUCUGUAUGAUCCUUCUUCCUUCGAGCCUGUGAAAUUCAUCACUGUUGUUAAUUCACCAGUACCUCCUGUCCAGCAAUUUGUUCCACCUGCAGACCUACCUGAAGUUCCUGAUCAGCCCCCAUCCUCUGCUGCAGAAGAGGAGGAGGAUUUGGAACAGGAACUCCCAGUUGUCACAGAGGAACCAAGGGAAUUUCAACCUGUGGACAGAGAGGCAGUAAACAUCAGUUCAAAAACUAAUGAUUCUGCAGGAGAUGCUGCUGGAGAUCCUGCUGCUGAGGGAGGUCCUGAGCCUGUCACUCCAGAGCCCUCCACCAAUAAUAUGGAACCAGAAGUGGACUUAAUUGUUCAAACAGAACCAUCAAGCCCUGAAACAGAAUCAUCAAGUCCCGAAACAGAACCAUCGAGUCUUGAGGGAGAACCAUCUUUGCGGAGGUCAACCCGAGUAAGAAGACCACCAGAACGUUUACAGUACUCCCAACUCGGUCACCCGCUGUUGAAGAGUAUCCAGUUGUUGUUUCAUGGACUGACCACUGCAUUUACACAUGCUCUUGAAGGGACUGAGGAUGAUGAACACAUGACUGUUCCUGGUAUUAUCCAGCCAGCCAUCCAGACUGGCUGGAUGCACGGGGACGUGCAUGGGAUCAGGGGGGGAACAUGUAACCCACGUGACCACCACGCCCCAACCACCUUCCCUUUAAGCCGUCCCUUUAACAGCUGGGACCCUCAUGUGUAUUUCCGGGUUUCCACUGUGCUGCUGCUCACUGUUGGUUGUGGCGUUGGUUGUUAAUAAAACAAUCUCAAAUCUCCAACUCAACUCAUCGCUGAACGAAUUCAUCUCUAAAACUCGAGGAUCUGCGGUUGGGCUUUGUUGAUGCCUGGUUUACCUUCUGAUGAGAACAAGUAACAUCCACUUCCUCAAACAAGCCGUUACUCGACGGUCAGGUUUUUUUUUUCCCCCUUCAUCGACUCGCUUGCUGAAGGAGGAUGGCGAGCUACCCACACACCACCUGGUGGUAGGAAAAAGAAAGACACUCUCCACACAGGAAAACCAAACAACACUUUCCAUACAGGAAACAAAAUAAACUCUAAGGGAGUAUCUAAAGGAAAAGAACAAUUCUCCCGUUGCUCUUGGACUUUUGAACUACAUUUGGUUUUGAAGUAUUAUUGAUUAUUUCUUUUUCGGUUUGUUCUUUUUCCCCGUCCUUGUUUCUUUUGAACAAUUUCUCUUUGUUUAGUUUUUGCUGUUAGUAUUAUUAUUAUUAUUAUUAUUAUUGUCAUUAUUAUUAUCAUUACUAUUUCCACUGCAAUAAAUGGCAAUAUAAACAAAGCUCUUUGCAUCAGUUGCAUCAAUUAUCCACCCAAUCAUGACUCCAUGCCGUACCUAUUUCUGAUUUUAUAGAGUGGUUAACACUAAGCCCUGCAGUCAGACCUGCGCAUUUAAGAAAAGCGUUACAUUUACA